AUGACGAAAUCUCAGAUGGAAUCAGGCUGGAGGCGGCUGGUGGCGGCGGCCCUGCUGCUGGCUGGGCUGUUGUGCUGCCCUGGGUUGGUCAAGACUGAAGACUCGCUUUACUCCUCCAACGAAUUGCCGUUUGCCCUCUACUUGCUUCCACCACCCGCCCGCCAUCACGAGGCCCUUACCAAGCGGCAGGCGGUGUACGAGGCCACUGUGGAUGACCAGCUUCGCCCGCAACUUGAGCUCUCGAUCCCGGCCAGGAAAGCUGAGGUGAGAAGGACGCAGCAGACACAGGGGAGCAGCGCACCUAUCCUCCUACGGCCCAUCGUGGUUGCUAAGUUUUACCCUGAAUAUCAGCCUGGAUAUGGUCAUGACGACACCCUGGGCGCACUGGAUUCCUAUGCCUCUGUGCCUCACUUAGACGGCGUAGCGAACUCACCCAGUACCUUCCCCGGGACGCCUCUCGACUACUCCCAUCAGCAGCUGAUUCAACCACAUGUCCACCCAAAGAAAUCCUCCAGCAACCUCAAGAAACUCCUGAGCAAACCCAAGAAGAUGAUGAAGGUGAUGACCGCCACGGAUGAAGGCCAGCUGGUCCCAAAGGCAGUGCCCGGAGUGAUGCUGCCCACAGAUGACGGCCAGCAGGAGGCCUUCGUACCCGCUGAUUUGCUGGAGUACGCCGACACCUUACUGACCUCAGGCUCCAGCCUCAACCCCACCGUGGUCCUGCCUACCACGGGGGAAGCGCCGAUGAAAGGAAUGCCCUUCAACUUCGCCUAUAUUGUGGAUGACGAGGCCACAGAGAACUUCCAGACUCGGCAGGAGGAAGGAGACAAACAGGGCGUUGUUACCGGCUGCUUCCAGGUUCUGGAUCCCACCGGUCUGGUCAGAACCACCACAUACCGCGCAGACGACACCGGCUUCCACAUAAUUUCCCUCACUCGCAGCCCUGACAAGACACCUUGCCCUGGUAUUGAUGACGCUACUCGUUCCCCCGCCUCCCUCCCUACCCCUACCGGCCGCCCAGUCCCAGCUUCCUACGGCCAGAAUAACAAUGGCGCCUACGCUUCUAACCUAAACUCUCUUAACAGAUUUAGCUCCUCUUCCUCUUCCUCUUCUUCUUCCUCUUCCUCCCAGGAGAGCAGCUCGAGUAGCUCCGGCCAGUACAGUAGCAGCAACUUCAAUGCCAAGAACGGCCUCGCACAGCAGGCAGCCGUGGCCAGGACGGCGGCGAGUGAAACGUUGUCCAAGGACGAGUGGAUGGCCCAGUAUCUCCAGGAGGUCACCAAGAACCUCUACAACUCCUUCACCAACUCCUCCUCCACCACCGAGAACCAAAGCUUCUCCAACAACGCGGCCUACAACACCAACGAGAACUUCAUCAACUUUCCUUUUGUGCUCAUCCCCAUCAAGACUUUCCUGGACCUGCAGAAGACCGGAGCCAUCUCUGAUGAUGUUCAGAGUUAUGGCGCCUUCGUGCAGCCACAGCCUUACCAAGUGAAUGGUUAUGGGCAGCAACAGCAGCAACAACAGCAGCAACAACAGCAGCAACAAAGACAACAACAAAGACAGUACACCGUGAGCAAAACAACAAAGCAGACAUCCAGCAAUUCCCACAACGCAGAGCAGAGCAGCAGCCAGCAAGGUUCAUAUCGCAGCCAGGCAGCUAACAGCGGCGUCCAGCGGGGCUAUGGACAGCAGGGAGGCGGUUCAUUGGGCCAACAGCAUCAACAAUAUCAAAGUCAUCAAGCUUCUCAGUCUUCAUCCAAAAAGUCCAGCAGCAGCAGCAACAGCAGCAGCAGCAGCCAACAAGUUGGUUAUCAAGGAGUAAAUUCCGGUUAUCGGCCGACUGCUGCCCAGGGAAAUCAUGCGUUUGGGCAGCAGCAGUACCACAGGCAACAGUCCGCUAAGAGCUCUGAAGAAAGCAGCAGCAGUAGUAGUAGCAGCAGCAGCAGCCAACAGGCAGCAUACCUAGGCCGAGGAGUAAACAGUGGCUAUCAGCAAGCUGGUCGUGGACAGCAGGAGAGCCAAGCACUGGGUCAUCAGCAACAGUAUAGAAGUCAGCAAUCGUCCCAGUCUUCAAAGAAGAGCAGCAGCAGCAGCAGCAGUAGCAGUGGUAGCAGUUUCUCAGGAAGCAUCCAAGGUUACGGGGGCCAGUCUUCCCAAGGAUCUGGAACAAGGCCCACUCCCACCUACGGCACGCCCACGCUCCCUGGCUACGUCCCGCCCAGGACCCCAUCAACCUACCAGCCACCAACUCAGCCCACUAAUCCUCCCUCAACUUAUCGCCCACGCCCAACCCCCACCAUCCCUCCCUCAACCUACCAGCCACGACCACAACCAACCCUCACCCUUCAACCUACCAGCCACGACCACAACCUACCCUCCCCCCUUCAACUUACCAGGCACGACCACAACCUACCCUUCCCCCUUCAACUUAUCAACCACGACCCCAGCCCACCACCCCUACUGUUCCAGCCUUCAAUUAUAAUAACGGCGGGAUAGGCGGGGCCAGAUUCUUCUCACAGAACUCUCAGUCAUCAGAGGAGUCCCAGUCGUCCCAGCAGCAGCAGCAGCAGCAGCAGCAGGCAUACAGUGGUGUUAACUUCAACAACGGCGUGGCUGCGCAAAGAUUGCAUUCCGCAUCUUCAUCGAAAAGUGCUUCUGAAAAUAAAAGUUCCAAGUCAUCGUCUUCGUCCUCUCAGUUUGUAGGAAACAGCGGUCACCUGGGAGGGGGCGGCCGUCACGCCUCUGCUAACUACAAGUCCGAGUCCUCCUCAUCCUCCUCCUCUUCAUCAUCAUCUUCCAAAAAAUCUUCGAGUAGUUUUGUCGGCGGCUUCGGCAUCGGGGUGGGUGGUCAGGCCCAUAACUUCCCUCAGCUGGCUGCGUACGAGCCUCAGCCUGCCCCAUCCACUCUCUCCUCUAACGCUGUGCCGUCACCACCUUCGUCAGCGCCACGCACUUAUAAUGCCAUCGCCAAGCCAAACAUCAAAGUUCCAGCCUCCAGCGGGCCUCAGCACACCCUCCCUCAGCCCAGUCUGAUAAGCUCUGCAGCACCUUACCAUGCACAAACAGAAUCUCAUGUCCCCGACUACUCUCUCUUCUCCCCACCAGCGGCUGAACCUACCUCUGGCAUGGAAGGCUGGACUCCCAUCACUACUGACUACAUCCCUCCACAGGAACCAACAAUCCAGUAUCAAGCAUUGCCACCACAGCCUCCCCAAGGGUAUGGCGCCGCCCCCGGCCAAAACAACCAAAACAACAACUUUGCAAGCUUUUCUUACUCCUCAGACAAAAGUUCCUCCAAACAAAGCAGCUCCUCGCAGCAGAAUCACCAGCAAAGCAGCGUUGUGUGGGCUGGACCCUAGACCAAGUCCCGCACUAGAGAUUCGGCUACCACAAAAAAAACGUCACCUCAGAUGAAGAGCAUAAAACACUCACUCGUUGUUAGCCUGAAACCAGCAUGCCCUUUGUAAGCCUGAAAGACUGCCUGCGAGGAAGCACAAUAGCAAUGAAUAAACGCCGUUCUGCCUUCCUGUGUUUGUAUGCUGGUCGGCAGACUGUUUUUGCACCAUGACUUGUUACUUGUCGCUUACUGCCUGUUACUUGUUAAGGAUAAACAAGAUGGCGGUCCUCGCCGCCUUCUUCGUUACCAGCACCCCAAAUUAGCUGUAGUCUUAGUGACAAUAGUUACCACACCACCACACUUCUCAUGCUUGUAUAUACACCCUCACUCUCAGUCCUGUUGUAGAUUUUCCUGCGACGUCGUCUGCUCGCAUCCUAGUCAUCUACUCCAUCCUAAAGAAAAGUAAAGCCUUCACAGGAUGAUAAGAUUUGAAACAGUACGUCAUCUGUACAGUCUGAUCAUUUUCUUCUCGCAAAAGCUUCCACGAAACUUGUUACCGUGGUGAAACUUCGUUCCCGCAAAUUUGUAUGCUUAUAUAUAAGAUUAUUUUUAUACAUAAAUGAUUAUAAAUCAA